AUGGAGGAGGUUUUGGAGCGUUGCGUUGAUUGUCUUCUCAAUGCAUGGACUGCUUACCAGCUUGCAAUAAAGAUGCUUUCGGGUGGACCAGACACAUAUGAAAAGUCUGAGUGGUUUGCAGCGGUGUUAACGAAUUAUUUGCAGCAUACAUCAAAGUUGGAUUUUAAUAGCUUAUAUGAGUGGAUAAGUGAAAUUCUGGACAAUGAAUUUAACUUAAUUCUAGAAGACAAUAGCGUUGAAUGGAUCACCACGUCUUUAUUAAAAUGCAAAACUUGGCUGAAUGACAAUCGAAAAGUAGAGCUUGAACAUUUUCUCUCAAAUUUACCCUCUCAGAAUGACGUGCAAAAUGCUACAACAGAAAGCAAAAUAGUAGAUUCAGACAGUGAUAGUGAUAACACUAAUGGCGAGUCAUCAGUAAAUAUGGACAUACGAACUAAGUUACCGAAACGACGCAUGGAGACAGAUGAAGAUGGCUGGACCACAAUUAUUCGCAGAUAG